AUGGUGGUGACCGCGGAGCCGAGAGAAGGAUCAUCUUCUCUGCCCAUAACGAUUGAAGAAAAUGAAUUUGCCAAAAAUGGUGGGGAAUAUUCGGCUAUGCUCAGUAUGCAGGGAUCAAAUGCGGCUAAUGGAUCAUUUCGAAGUAAUCGAUUACAUGAUAAUAAAAACUCGAUGGCAUCCGUGAUUUUGAUGUCACCAUAUUACUCAUUAGAUUCCAAUGACUUCUCCAAUACGAAAUCUGCUCAUGAAUUAGAGGUUCGCUCAGAUGGAUCAUGGGUAAAUUGGGAGGAAAUUUUUCCAAUUGACUAA